GGGAAGCGGUCUGCAGCUGCGCGCUGGGAGUUUCAUGGCGCGCUGCUACUUGGGCUAGCCCGGUGCCUGUUCAUCAGUAGAGCCAGACGAGUAAGAUUUCCCCUGUCGUGAACCGGAGAUGUCCAGGUGACCUGCCCUGGGACUCGACGCCUGUUGGUGGGCGGGAGGCAGCCCUUCACCUGAACCUGGCCGUGGACCCUGCCCGGGGGCCGGUUUCCUCGCCCCUCCCGCCUCGGGUCCUCGUUGACGAGAGCUGAAAAAGACAUCACGGAAUUACGAACACGCAAGGAGGCAGGAGAGUGAACGUGCAUUUAGAAAAUAAACGUCCCACGAUCCAGGAAACUCGCAGACGAAGAGAUGUCGUUCAAGGGCGCACGGCUCAGCAUGAGGAACAGAAGGAACGGCACGCCGGACAGCACUCGGACCUUGUACUCCAGCACGUCCCGCAGCACCGACGUGUCCUCCGCGGAGAGCGACUUGGUGAAUUUCAUUGAAGCAAAUUUUAAGAAACGGGAGUGUGUCUUCUUUACCAAAGAUUCCAAGGCCACGGAAAAUGUGUGCAAGUGUGGCUAUGCCCAGAACCAACACAUAGAAGGCACUCAGAUCAACCAAAAUGAGAAAUGGAAUUACAAGAAACAUACAAAGGAAUUUCCCACUGAUGCUUUUGGAGAUAUUCAGUUUGAGACUCAGGGGAAGAAAGGGAAGUAUAUCCGGCUGUCCUGCGACACGGACGCGGAGCCGCUGUACGAGCUGCUGACCCAGCACUGGCACCUGAAAACGCCCAACCUGGUCAUUUCUGUGACUGGCGGCGCCAAGAACUUCGCCCUGAAGCCGCGCAUGCGCAAGAUCUUCAGCCGCCUGAUCUACAUCGCGCAGUCGAAAGGUGCCUGGAUUCUCACUGGAGGCACCCACUAUGGGCUGAUGAAAUUCAUUGGGGAGGUGGUGAGAGAUAACACCAUCAGCAGGAAUUCGGAGGAGAAUAUCGUGGCCAUUGGCAUCGCCGCUUGGGGCAUGGUCUCCAACAGGGACACCCUCAUCAGGAAUUGUGAUGUGGAGGGAUAUUUUUCAGCUCAGUACAUUAUGGAUGACUUCAAGAGAGACCCUCUGUGCGUCCUGGACAACAACCACACCCACCUGUUGCUCGUGGACAACGGCUGCCAUGGGCACCCCACCGUGGAGGCCAAGCUCCGGAAUCAGCUGGAGAAAUACAUCUCCGAGCGCGUGAUUCAAGAUUCCAACUAUGGUGGCAAGAUCCCCAUUGUGUGUUUUGCCCAAGGAGGUGGGAAAGAGACUUUGAAAGCCAUCAAUACCUCCGUCAAAAGUAAAAUCCCCUGUGUGGUGGUGGAAGGCUCGGGGCAGAUUGCCGAUGUGAUCGCGAGCCUGGUGGAGGUGGAGGAUGUCCUGACGUCAUCCAUCAUCAAGGAGAAGCUGGUGCGCUUCCUGCCCCGCACUGUGUCCCGGCUGCCUGAGGAGGAGACCGAGAGCUGGAUCAGAUGGCUCAAAGAAAUUCUCGAAAGUUCUCACCUACUAACAGUUAUUAAAAUGGAAGAAGCAGGGGAUGAAAUUGUGAGCAAUGCAAUCUCCUAUGCAUUGUACAAAGCCUUUAGCACCAAUGAACAAGAUAAGGAUAACUGGAAUGGGCAGCUUAAGCUUCUACUGGAGUGGAAUCAGCUGGACAUAGCCAAUGAUGAGAUUUUCACCAAUGACCGCCGAUGGGAGUCUGCUGACCUUCAGGAAGUCAUGUUUACGGCUCUUAUAAAGGACAGACCCAAGUUUGUCCGCCUCUUUCUGGAGAAUGGCUUGAACCUGCGCAAGUUCCUCACCAACGACGUCCUCACGGAGCUCUUCUCCAAUCACUUCAGCUCCCUGGUGUAUCGAAACCUGCAGAUUGCCAAGAAUUCCUAUAAUGAUGCCCUCCUCACAUUUGUCUGGAAACUGGUUGCUAACUUCCGAAGAGGCUUCCGAAAGGAAGACAGGAAUAGCAGAGAUGAAAUAGACAUAGAGCUCCACGAUGUGUCUCCUAUUACUCGGCACCCCCUGCAAGCACUCUUCAUCUGGGCCAUUCUUCAGAACAAGAAGGAACUCUCCAAAGUCAUUUGGGAGCAGACCAGGGGCUGUACACUGGCUGCCCUGGGGGCCAGCAAACUUCUGAAGACUCUGGCUAAGGUGAAGAACGACAUCAACGCUGCAGGGGAGUCGGAGGAGCUGGCAAACGAGUACGAGACCCGGGCAGUGGAGCUGUUCACAGAGUGUUACAGCAAUGACGAGGACUUGGCGGAACAACUCCUGGUCUAUUCCUGUGAAGCCUGGGGCGGAAGCAGCUGUCUGGAGCUGGCGGUGGAGGCAACGGACCAGCAUUUCAUUGCCCAGCCCGGGGUCCAGAAUUUUCUUUCCAAGCAGUGGUAUGGAGAGAUUUCCCGAGACACCAAGAACUGGAAGAUUAUCCUGUGUCUGUUUAUUAUACCCUUGGUUGGCUGUGGCUUUGUAUCAUUUAGGAAGAAGCCCCUGGACAAGCCCAGGAAGCUCCUGUGGCACUAUGUGGCCUUCUUCACCUCCCCGUUCGUGGUCUUCUCCUGGAACGUGGUCUUCUAUAUCGCCUUCCUCCUGCUCUUCGCCUACGUGCUGCUCAUGGAUUUCCACUCUGUGCCCCACGCCCCAGAGCUGGUCCUCUACGCGCUAGUCUUUGUCCUGUUCUGUGAUGAAGUGAGACAGUGGUGCGUGAACGGCGUGAAUUACUUUACUGACCUGUGGAAUGUCAUGGAUUCACUCGGGCUUUUCUACUUCAUAGCAGGAAUUGUGUUUCGGCUCCACCCUUCUAACAAAACCUCACUGUACUCGGGGCGAGUGAUUUUUUGCCUGGAUUACAUUAUAUUCACCCUAAGGUUGAUUCACAUUUUCACGGUCAGCAGAAAUUUAGGACCCAAGAUUAUAAUGUUGCAGAGGAUGCUGAUCGAUGUAUUCUUCUUCCUGUUCCUCUUUGCCGUGUGGAUGGUGGCCUUUGGUGUGGCCAGGCAGGGGAUCCUUAGACAGAAUGAGCAUCGCUGGAGGUGGAUCUUCCGCUCAGUCAUCUAUGAGCCCUACCUGGCCAUGUUUGGCCAAGUGCCCAGCGAUGUGGACGGUACCACGUACGACUUCUCUCACUGCACCUUCACCGGGAACGAGUCCAAGCCCCUGUGCGUGGAGCUGGACGAGCACAACCUGCCCCGCUUCCCCGAGUGGAUCACCAUCCCCCUGGUGUGCAUCUACAUGCUGUCCACCAACAUCCUGCUGGUCAAUCUGCUGGUCGCCAUGUUCGGCUAUACCGUGGGCACCGUCCAGGAGAACAACGACCAGGUCUGGAAGUUCCAGAGGUACUUCCUGGUGCAGGAAUACUGCAGCCGCCUCAACAUCCCGUUCCCCUUCGUGGUCUUCGCCUACUUCUACAGGGUGGUCAAGAACUGCUUCCGGUGCUGCUGCAAAGAGAGGAGCACGGAGCCCUCCGUCUGCUGUUUCAGAAAUGAAGACAACAUGAUUCUGGCAUGGGAAGGUGUCAUGAAAGAAAAUUACCUUGUCAAGAUCAACACAAAGGCCAGCGACCCUUCAGAGGAGUACGUCAGCAUUCAUUCCUGCUUUGCAAGGCUCCCCUCAUGUACGGAAGCUAGCAGAUCACAGGCAGCUAAUUUGAACAAACUGUGUAAAAAAAAUUUGCACCAGAAAGCAGCAGCAUAAGGCUCAGACAGCCAAAGGUGACAAACACAGAAGGUGUGUCAGCCUGCUAGGAAGGGCAAACCCUCCCCACCUGCUAUCUGAUGGGCCUCCUGAUGGCAGGGAAGAAGGAGGUGUUGAUAUUUGGAACCUGCAAGGCAAGGCCAUGGGACUAGGUGGCCAGAGCAUGGGUCCCUGUGCCAUGCUGCAGAGGUGAAUUCUGGGAAGAUCCACAGAUCAUGGGCAGCAGUCAUCACCUCACAGGGUCCACACAUGUAUCUCUGCGAGGAAGAAACAGAGAGAUUAGAAGAUGGCAAAGCCCUUUGGUUGGUCUGUCACAGGCUGUUGUCCCUGGGAAGUCCUGAGCAUCCUCUGUGAGGCACAUGGGGUUGCCCAGAGAACUAGACACAUCACUCAUUCCAUAGAUGGUCCACGAAGAAUGUGGGAUGCAGGGCCUCCAGGAGCAUGCCCUUUGAACUUAAAGUGGGGUUAAUAGGGUUAAUAGUCAAAUGUAAUUCUGAGAGCUCCAAGCACACCUCAGAAUUCAGUCUAAGAAAGAGCAAACAUAAGAACAACUACUCCCUUUGUUAGACUUAACACAGCUCUCGGGAGCACGGAACGUGAGGCGUGCUUUUUCUCUUCGAGCAACAAGGCAGAGGCCUCUAUUCUCCUCCGUCCCUGGACUCAGAGGUCUUAGUUUUGGAAGAAAGGAAUGGACCUUAUGUGUCAUCUUCCACCCCCCACCUACAUCAACCAAGGUUGCAUCAAUUUGCUGUCCUUCCAACUGGGACAAGAGUACAAUUCUGCUUUGGUUGGGUAUUAGGAAGAAAGUAAAAAUGAUAAAAGCAGCUGAUUUUAAUUUAGUUGAAGAUGAAAAUGAUCUGUAUUUUGUUCUUUAAAAUAACCCUUUUUUCUCUCUCCCUCUCUCUGUUCUCUCUCUUUUCAAACAUCUUUGAAGAAUAAGGCAUCGUUUUAGACAGCUGGAUACAAAGGUAGGGUCCUGUUUAUAGUUUGGGAAAUAUUUUUUAAACUCUAUUAUCUUUGAGCUUUCAGCUAGAGGCCAGUGUCCAAAAAUAAAUGAAGUUAAUUGUCUUGAAAAAUGGAUAUGACCCUGUUCUGUGUUCAGUUGUCUUCAUUCACUGUGUAAAGUCUGACUGCUGGAACAAAAUUGCUUCUCAGAUCUUCCUAGCCCACAUGGGAAUAGUCCUGAGUCCCAUUUCUACAGCAUCUGAAAUUUCCCCUGCUUCUGUCUAACCUAAGACCCCAUUUCUCUUUUUCUCUCAAGAGAAGGAUGCUUGCAAUGACAAGGAACACCAGACAGGCUCAGAAAAGCAGCUUGGGAGCCUGGGAGCCUCUAUGCCAGUCUUUGUGGCCACUCUAAUCUGUCACCUACUGAAUUUGAAUUACGAAUUCACGAAUACACACGUAAAUGUCAAGCCUAGAGAGAGAAUGGCCACCUCCACCCUGAGCUGGGCAGCUGGAAAUUAUGAUUUGGUUCAGGAGAAGUGACAAUCGAUUCGUAAAUACGUGCUCCCUGUUAGGCUCUGAGGAGGAGGUGGUAUCUUAUCGUGGCAUUCUGAGGAUGGGCCCUGGGCAUUGCAGUCACAUGUCACAUUCGCUGCUCCCCCCCUUGCCGCCCCCAAGAUGUGCUGUUUCACUGCUGACAAUACCCCAUCAGGAGUGGCAGGGUUUCCAGUACCCAGAUCCCCUCCUAUAGGAGGAUCUCAAAAACAUUGAAUAAAUGAACCAAAAGUGCUCUCUUCAGAGCUCUAACUGAUGAUUUAUCCAGUCCAGAAUUCCUUGCAUAUGUAUUUCUGUACUAGUUAUCAGCAGCAUGUAAAACAUCAGAGGCCAUGUGUCCAUGGGUCUCCCUUCCUGUGUUCUGGUCCCAUGCAGGAUGCUGACUGAUGCCUAGAACCUUCCUACCUGUCCCUCCUGCCCCCACAGCUUGUCUCUUCCUUCAUCUCCUUCCCUCCCCUGGAGUCUCCUGCUCCAUACACUGGUGUCAACCACUCAGGAUGAUGAGUGUAGAAUGUUUCUGUCACAAUCAACUUUAGUUCCCUACACUUCAGGGAUUUUAAACAACUGUCUUAUUUCCCUCUCACUUUCCUGGAUCAGGAGUUUGGGAAGGGACCAGCUGGGCAGUUCUUCUGCUUCUUGUGGUCUCAGCUGGGUUUACAGGGCUGGAUUCAACUGGAACUAAGGCCAGGACCUGGCACCUUGGUGCUCCUCCUCAUUGCUUUUGUCCCCACAUGACCUCUGAUCCACGUGGCUUGGGCAUCUCGGGUCAGUUCCUUUUGUUCCAUAGGGGCUGGCUUCCAAGGCUGAGGAAGUGCUCCCAAGGUGGGACCUGGACCUGGCAUGACAUUGAGUAAAGAAGCCCCAGGCCAACUGAGAUCUAGCUGAGAGACGAGUCAACUCCACACGUCUAUGCUCUACCCCUCAAGGUGGGAGUGACACGUAGACAUGGAGAGACGUGACAGCUAUCUUUGGAACCACACCAUCACACAAGAGUAUACCCUGUUUCAGCUGCUCUCCUUCUGAUGUACUAUUGCUGGUUUUUAAUUGAGUGAAUAGGAAGACCCCUAGUAUGUUAAGGCUGUAUAUUGUCACUCUGCUUAUUUAACUUCUAUGCAGAGUACAUUAUGAG